GUAAUUUGCAGUGAAUCUGUAUUUAAUGUCGUUAUGGCGCACACAGAUUACAGAUCAGAUCUGUUUCAGUGGAGAAGAUUUACACAGACUGCUGGAACCUCUUCUAACAGAAAGGUGCAUCUUACUGAUAUGGAUAUAAACUCAUGGAUGAAGAGGGUGGAGGUAGCAUCAGAAUAUGCCGUGUCUGAAGUAUUUUCAGUUAAGAAAGCUCAAACUGGUAAACCCAGCCGUGCUGUAGCACUACAAAGCGUGGAGCAGCUUCAGGACCAUGAUGAUGCGUAUACAGAAGCCCAGGCUAUUCUUAGCGACUGGAUGAACCAGAAAAUGCGACUAGAACUUGAAAUGGAUGCAGAAGAUGAAGAUCUGACUGGGUCCAACUGUUUGCUGACAAUCCCGUUUAAGCAGCCUCCAGACUACAAGAACUUUGACGACAUGUACUCAAAGCUUGCACAGGAAGACGACAGCCUGGAGGUGCACAAUUUCCUCCAAGACUUGAUGGACACCGAAGUUUUGGACCUGCAACCGGAUUCAAAUCUGAAGGAAGGCAGGGAUCCGAGCGUAACCAUGGAGAUCCGGCACAAGCUGGUGAAGGAGCGGCGGAUGCAGAGGGAUGCCGAGCGGGAGAGGCAGCGCAGGGUGCAGGAGGUGCAGAAGAAAGCACAGGAAGAGGCGCAGCGGGUAAAUCGCGAGGAGCAGAGGAGGAGAAAGCAGGAGGCUGGAAGACAGGGAGAACUUUUGCAGCAGGAGGUGAUCCGAUUGCGCAAACUGAUGGAGGAGAAGAGGAGCGUGGAGCAGUUAGCACGAAAGAUGGAGCGGGAGAGGUUGGUGAAGAGGAAAACCGCUGAGAACUCUGUACCAACGAGGCCCGACACUGUUACACAGAGACAACUGGGUCAUACACAGCAGGAGGUGGAAACAAAGCUGCACAUUGCCAGUUUGCAGUGUAUGCAGAAGCACUUCUCAGCCUGGUACUCUGUGGUCUUAGAGAAGAGGGUGUGUCUGGGUAAAGCAGCAGCCCUCUGUGAUUGGAGGAAGCAGCUGAGGGCAUGGAGGGCAUGGAGGGCACUGGUGUGGGCGAGGAGAGAGGAGCGAGAGGCCGAGAGGACGGAAGAAGAACUGAGGCUGGAUAACAAACGCUGUCAGGUGGCGGAGGAGGGCGACCGGAGACGGCUCCUGAGGCGAUGCUUGAACGAUUGGCGCUUGUGGUGCCUGGUGGAGAAAGAGAGGAGGGAAUUACUCAAUCAGCAGGAGGAAACCAGGCAAAAAAUGGCCUCCCUGAUCGAUGCGGCCGCCUCUGGGAAACUGGCCGGGCAGGAUCAGGCCAAAGCGAUGCUCACAGCCCGGCCUGAGAGCGCCAGCCAAUCAGAGAAUAGCACACGAGUUGUGAGUAAUAUGCAGGUCCCAGUACAAAGACCCACCUCAGCUCCAGCCCCUGUCACUCUGACCGACAGAAAAGCCGCCCCGCCCACUCAGGCCUGGCAGGUGACACGUCGUCACGUCGCCGUCUGCCCGUCCGAGGCCCAUGAGGCGCGCCCACCGAGCGCCACAGAGGUGCAUGCUGGCCGCUUCGAGCAUCGUCACGCAGCCCAGCAGAGGACCAUCUCUGAGCAAAGACGCCUCCUGAAGGAGCAGCAGGACCUGAUUUUACACCUACAGGAGCAGCAGAACAUCGCGCAACUCAGACUGCAAGCAGAAAGAGCCGAAGCAGCAGUGAUGCCCAGAGCUCAGCUCAGGCGCCCAGCAUCCCAGGGCGACCUGAGGGGUGGGGACAACGAGACAAGAUCAAAGGAAGCCUCAGGUGAAGACAGCACCGAUCGUCCAGCCACCAGAGAACAUGUCAAUCACCGAGCCGCACCUCAUCCUGCGAUCCGAGCGAUGGAGGAGCGAGCUCGACAGCGUGAGGAGCGCAGGAGGGAAGUACAGGAGAUGAAGAGGAAGAAAGAGGAGGAGAAGCUGGCUCGGAUGAAAGCUGAUGAGGAGGAGCGACGCCGGCAGGAGGAGGAGGAGAAACGAAUAGAGGCUGAAAAGAGGAGGGAGGAGAGGAGACUGAAGAAGGAGAAGGAGCUAGAGAAGCAGAGGCGAACUGAGCGCGAGCAGAAGCGUUUAAAGACGGCGGUAGAGCACCACAACAGGUCACUGCUGCUGCACAGAGGGAUGAAACCGUGGAAGCGUCUGGUGGAGAACAGCCGCGCUAAUGCUCAGAAAGCUGUAGAGCAUCACAGUCAGGUCCUCCAGAGACGAUGCCUGCUGUUAUGGCUCCAGGCUGCGGAGGAGGCGGUGGCUGUAAAAAAGGCCCGGGCAGACCAGUUCUACGAUCGCAUUCUGCUCCAGCGAGCUCUUCACAGCUGGCAAAGAUUUAAACAGUUGCAGUCUCACCUGGAGCUGCAGGCCAGACGUUUCUACGUGGCUCGGACUCAGAGAAAGAUCUUCACGGCACUGCUGGAUCACACGACUCACCAGAGACUGGUGACCUGGGAUAAAGAGCAGCUAGCCAGCGAGCACAGUGCCAGACGAGGGGUGCGCAGGUGUUUCGGCACGUGGAAACGCUUACCGGCGGCGCAGAGGGAGGAGAGAGAGCGAGAGGUGCGCAGAGAGGAGCUGCGACGGAGAGUGGCCGAGAUCCUUCCAGACUUUCGUGCGUCACCGCUGGACGGCAUAAGAAGCCCAACAAUGAACGUAUAAGAUACAUGAUUAUACACGGUUAGUUUCUUCUCCGGUCUCAGAGAUUGAUUGAUAGAUUACUAGGAUGUCUGGUAGAUCUGAUAUAGAUAUUGCUAUACAUUGGCACAGUACAAUAUCCUAGUGUUUUGGGUAUUGUAACAUGACUACAGGGAUUCACUUCCAUUCCACUAUUGGGUACUGAUGUAUGAAUAGACCUGGCUUUCGGAUAUCAGUCUUUAAUCCAUCCCAGUGAAUGUGACUGCUCUGUUCAAGCCUUCAAAAUGCUGUCAUCAUGUUUAACAUGUUUACAUGAGCUAAAACUAAUCAUUUUAGCCCGAAGCAUUAAAACAGCGCCAAAUCUUUACUUCUUUUACCACCAACAUAAUUGAAAUUACCAUCAUGGUAGUCAGAAGUACCUUCUCUUAUCUCCUACAGCAUCAACCAAACUAUAACUCAUCCAUUUGCCUGCCAGAUAGUGAAUUAUCCCCCACUCUAAAGUUCAACAGUAGUGUGCUUUACUUCUAGUUGACAAGCCUGUGUGCACUCCAUGAAGCUCCUGAGGACAGUUUAAACUUUAGUAUUGCUCAAGCGUUCUUUCUUUGUGAGCUUCAGGCUGAGUUGUUGUAGCUCCCCGACAUUCUGCUUGACAUUAACAACUCACAGCUGAAUAGAGCAGUUUGUAAGAAAGGUGGCAUCUUGUGGCAGUGACCCCUUGCUAAUGCAAUUCAUCAGUUUGGAUGAGAAGCUGUUAGGUUAGACACUUUUUGCCAUUUAGUAGCUUCAUUACACAUAGACGUACAUUCCUGUUUUGCAUUGUUAAUAAAACCUUGGUGAACUAAAUACUGUGGUACAUAAUAUGUAUCUCAAGAUCAUCUUUCAGGAUUGUGACCAUUUCCCAAACCUUAUUUCUGUUUCUUAUCCUCAUAUUUUCUAUCUGAUUUGGAUAAAAUGUGCAUUAAAGAACAUUCAGGCUGUACA